CCCUGUAUAUUUAAUUAAAAAUGGCUGCCCCUACAUCACGUUUAGCAUCUUUGUUAGCCUAAUCAGUCUAAUGUAACAUCUAGUAAUCUGUGAAAAUAUAGGUUUGUUUUGCUUUGUUUUUCGAAUUUGUUCGUUUUGCAAUUUUCAGAGAUUUUUGCUCUUUAAUGAGACAAAUAUAUAUUCAAGUAUGGCAGCAAAUUUAAACCUUACAAAAACUGUCCAAUUGUUAUCAAAACUAUGAAAAUAUAUAUACAGAUGAUACAGACAUUGAAAAGAUACAAAAAAGGAAAAAUCUGGGCAUAUAGAAAGUACAACACAAACUUUAUGUUUGAUCGGUUAUUUAAGGAAUAUUUUAAAUAUGACUUGGGAUAUUUUGUAAUUGUCACUAAAUAAUAAUUACAUAGUAUGAACGCAGUUAUUCUGAUUGUUAUACUAUUUCUUGGAGAAUUAUGUUGUGGUACUCUGUCACCACCAGCAAGAAAAAAUGAAAAAGAGAAAAAAAAAGCUACCAAUAAGUUAUACCAGGGUUCUGUAAAUCAAGAUGUUUUCCAAAGAAACUUAGUAGUAGAAAAUCCUAAACAGCAGGAUAUUGUUCAUGAAUCUGGCCGAUAUUUUCAAGAUACAAAGCAUAGAAGAUUUAAAAAAGAAGUGUUAGGAUAUUGUACUACUUGGAAUGCGGAUGGAUUUAAAGUUUCUAAAACGUUUCAUGGCAAAUUCACAAUGAUAUCACCAGUAUGGUUAUCUCUUCCUUUUGGCAAUAUGUCAACUUAUCAACUGGACACUCAUUCUAUACAGACUAAAUGGAUAAAAGAAAUGAGAAAUAAUAAUAAUGCUAAUCAUAGCGUAAAGCUCUUACCUAGAAUAUUGUUUGAACACUGGUCAAUUGACGAUAUUAUUAGAAUAUACAGUCAUUCAGAAAGUCAAACACAAUUAAUAGUAUCACUGUUGGAUGCUGCCCAGACUUUCCAUUUCGAUGGAUAUGUUUUAGAAAUAUGGAACCAGUUUGUAUUUGCAGGUGCAAACUUAUCAGUUGUUACUUUUAUAGUUAGAUUUAUUGCACAGGAGUUAAAAAAGCAUAAUUUGGAUAUUAUAUUAGCAAUACCACCAUCUAGAGGUGCACAAGUUGAAUUGUUUUCAAAACAACAAUUUGAUGAUUUGGCAUCAUAUGUAAAUGCUUUUUCACUAAUGACUUAUGAUUAUUCGAGUAUUCAAAGACCAGGCCCAAAUAGUCCUUUAAAUUGGGCCAGGCAAUGUGUCAAACUACUAGUUCCGCAGAAAGACGAUCGUAAACGAUCUCAAAUUUUAUUAGGUAUUAAUUUUUAUGGUUAUAUUUAUACACCAGAGGGUGGUAGAGCAAUUCUUGCAUCUGAAUAUUUGGAUAUACUGAAAUCAUUUAAAGGAAAGAUCCAAUGGGAUGAUAGCAGCAAGGAGCAUUUCUUUAAAUCAAAGCUACCUGUAGGUAAUGGAUAUAUUUUUUAUCCAACUUUAUAUUCGAUUAAGGAAAGAUUAGAUCUUGCUAAUGAAUUAGGUACUGGAAUUUCAAUAUGGGAAUUAGGCCAAGGACUGAAUUAUUUUUACGAUUUGUUGUAAAUGAUUAA